GAAAAAGGCCCUACAAAGAACAACUACCACCCCUUCUUGUCCGGGGAAGUGGAAGAACCUUUCCUCUCUACAAAAAUCCCUUAUUUUUCUGUUGCAGUUCUCUGUUUUUUUUUUCCUCUCACAACAACAGUUACACACAGUUCCAAGAAAACAAAAAAAAAAAAAAACUUUUAUUCUCCUCCAUUUUUCAAUCUACAUUUGAUCAGUUCCUUUAAAAAAGAUACUUGUGUUGUGGUUUCUUUGAACCCUAUAGGGCAUUGAUGCAAGAACAGGAGUGGGGUUAUUGAAUUUUCUGUUUUUGGGUAUUUCUUGUUACUGGUUUUAGUGUUGAUUUGAUAUUCUUUCUUUGGUUUAUUUGAUCAAGAUUAAAUUUUUAGUGUUCUUUGUUAGAAAUUCCAAGAAAACUGAAUUUGGGUUUUUGUGGGUGUUUCCUAUACUGUUGAAAUAUUGGAGUUCUUGGGUGGCUAUUUUGGAAAACUGAAAUUUGGGUUUUUGUGGGGUUUUGUUAUACUGUUGAAAUAUUGGAGUUGUUGUUGUGUAGUUUGUGACCUAACAAUUUUACUUCAAUAGUGGUGAAGUUUGAUAUUCAAGAAAACUGAAUUUGGGGUUUUGUGGGGUUUUCCUAUACUGUUUGAGAUAUUGGAGUUUCUUGAGUAGUGGUGAAGUGUUGGGUUGAUUUUUACUUUACUAGUUUGAAUUCUUGAUCAGCUAUUAGCUGUACUUUUAUAGUAUUUUGAGUGUUAAAAGGAAAUGAAGGAUGUUUUCUUGGCUGGUAAGGAAAGUAUCAGCAUGUUGGAGACCAUUGAGUCGAUAUGCACCUAUGAGCAAAGAUGAAGAUGAUGUUUAUUUAGGAGGUGAGGAUGAUCCAUUUCUAUGGUGUAGAGACCUUGAGAAACAUUCAUGUGGGGAGUUUUCUUUUGCUGUAGUUCAAGCUAAUCAUGUACUUGAAGAUCAUAGUCAGGUUGAUACCGGUCGUGAAGGUACUUUUGUUGGUGUUUAUGAUGGACAUGGUGGCCCUGAGGCUUCAAGAUUCGUCCGUGAUCACCUUUUCCUGCAUUUAAUAAAGCUUGCUCGAGAAAAUGGAACAAUAGAUGAAGAAGUCCUUAAAAGUGCCUUUGCUGCAACUGAAGACGGCUUUCUUUCUCUUGUGAGAAGGGCAUUUGGUAUUACACCAUCAGUUGCGUCAAAAGGGUGCUGCAGUCUGGUUGGUGUCAUCUGGAAAGGGACAUUAUAUGUUGCUAACCUGGGUGAUUCUAGAGCAGUAUUAGGUCAUAUAGUAGGGAGAUCCAAUAAGAUUGUUGCUGAGCAGUUGACUAAGGAUCAUAAUGCCAGUAUCGAGGAGGUUAGGAAGGAACUGAUGUCUUUGCACCCAGACGAUUCAAACAUUGUGCUUCAUGUCAAUGGAGCGUGGCGCGUUAAAGGCAUUAUACAGGUGUCUAGAUCAAUUGGAGAUGCAUAUCUGAAGAAGCCAGAGUUUGCUCUUGGUCCAGCUUACCCACGAUUCCACCUUAAAGAACCACUUAGGCAGCCAGUCCUAAGAGCUGAUCCAUCUGUAUGUUCUAGAAACUUACAACCAGGUGAUAGAUUUCUAAUAUUUGCUUCUGAUGGGCUGUGGGAACUCUUAAGCAAUCAAAAGGCUGUGGAAAUUGUGCAUAACAACCCUAGAGAGGGCAUAGCUAGAAGACUUAUUGUAUCAGCCCUGGAUGAGGCAGCGAGGAGACAAAAGUUGAAGUAUGACGACGUUAAGAAGUAUGAAAAGGGUGCCAGGAGGGUCUUUCAUGAUGAUAUAACAGUUGUUGUCAUCUUUAUAGAUCAUGAGAUGCUGGAAGGAAAAUUACCCGUGCCUGAACUGUCAGUUCGAGGAUUUAUAGACACUCAUGGACCAUCAGAUUUCAAUAUCUUGCAAGAGGUUGCUGUGAAGACAAACUCUGUCAAGUGAAACAUACCAAACAAGCUGUUGGCCCUUCUUUCUAGGGAAGCCCGGAUAUGGGAAGUUUCUGACCCCCCAUUUUCACAAUUGUUUUACCAAUUUAUGUUUGACAUACAAUCCAGAUGAACAGCAAGACUAUCAGGUUGCCUGAGGUCAUCGGCAACCUACUUACUUUCUCUAAAAUUUUGAUGUACACAAAUUUUCUGUACAAAGACAAGUUGAGAUAACUGGCUCCUAUUGUUUACCACAAUCUGUCAAAGGACAUCAAAGUUAUAAGGCCAUAGAAGUUGGCGUUGAAAUUGAAAAUCUGGUAGUUGCGAUACUCAAAAAUGUGAGCAAGUUGAAGCUCUAAACUCAAUGUGAACCUUUGUUAUACAAGUGCUUAUUCGUUCCUGUUGCU